CCAAGAUGGCGAACAAACGCAUGGUUUACGUUGGUGGUUUAGCCGAAGAAGUUGAUGAAAAAAUACUCCAUGCAGCUUUGAUUCCGUUUGGAGAUAUCACAGACGUCCAAAUACCUUUAGAUUAUACAACACAGAAACAUCGUGGGUUUGGUUUUGUUGAGUUUGAGCUACCUGAAGAUGCGGCUGCUGCCAUAGAUAACAUGCAUGAAUCAGAGUUAUUUGGUCGGACUAUCCGAGUAAAUCUGGCGAAGCCAAUGAGAGUGAAAGAGGGCUCGUCAAGAGCAAUAUGGAAAGAUGAUGCUUGGAUGUCUAAACAUGUUGGUGAGACUCUGGAGUUAGAUAAAGGCAAUGAGAAUACUGAAUCAGGCACUGGAGAGUCUGUUGAAACUGGUAACACCAGUGAAACAAAGCGAAAUUACAAAGUAUAUUUUGACAUAAAGAUUGCAGAGCGUAAUGUUGGAAGAAUAGCGAUGGAGUUACGAAAUGAUGUUGUUCCAAAAACGGUUGAAAAUUUCCGUUGCCUUUGUACUGGAGAGAAAGGGUUCGGGUACAAAGGCAGCCAGUUUCAUCGAAUUAUCCCGCAAUUUAUGUGUCAAGGUGGGGACUUUACCAAAGGAAAUGGAACUGGGGGGAAGUCGAUUUAUGGAAAAAAAUUUGAAGAUGAGAACUUUGUCCUGAAGCAUACAGGUCCUGGAAUGCUCUCCAUGGCCAACUCUGGUCCAAACACAAACGGAUCACAGUUUUUUAUAACAACUGAAAAAACAGAAUGGCUUGACAACAAGCAUGUGGUCUUUGGCAGUGUUAUAGAUGGUAUGGAUGUCGUUCGGAAAAUGGAGACAACUGGUUCCGCAUCCGGGAAAACAAGCAAGAAGAUUGUGAUUGAAAAUUGUGGACAACUUUGAAUCAUUUUAUUAUUAGUUGUUACAAGUACAGU